AUGUGUGAGAUAAAGCUGGAAAAAACACUGUUAGCACAAAUCAGACUUGAAAACAAAACAAAAAACAAGCCGGAAAAUUCAGUGGAUCUGAUAAAGCUAGAGAGCAGGCGCCAGUCCCUGGGGACAUGGAUGGCCAAAAAAUUAUCCCCCAGAGCCCAAAGUGAGAGGCGCCAGUCCCUGGGGACAUGGAUGGCCAAGAAUAUAUCUAAAAAAACUAAAGAAAAUAUUGUCAAGCAGAUGUACAAAGAACUUACUUGUUAUUAUGGGCUUGAUGACUGCAGCGCUGCCUUUGACUACUUGCAGCUGCAGUCUGCAAGUAGCCAAAGGCCAACAUUUGCUCAACGCGCGUGUUUUGUGGACGCGUCUCUAUUGUCAACGCGUCUUCGUCACUUCCAACGUUUGCUCAACGCACGUGUUUUGUGGACGCGUGUUUAUUGUAAACACGUCUCUUUUGCUACUGUUCAAUCUUUCGUCAACACACAUUUUGUGGACGCGCGUCUCUUGUCAACGUGUCUCUUUCGUUUCUGUUCUAUCUUUCGUCAACACGCGUUUUGUGGACACACGUCUCUUGUCAACACGUCUCUUUCGUUUCUGUUCUAUCUUUCGUCAACACGUGUUUUGUGGACGCGCGUCUCUUGUCAAUGCGUCUCUUUCGUUACUAGUUCUCUAUCAUGGUGUGCACCAAAAACACUGCAAAGAAGUGCACUGGUGGCUCAGCGCCACGUGUACACCUUAACAUACUCAAGACCGCCGCCAAGAGCCUUUCUAGAGAGCCGGCUGGGGGCCAAAGUUUGGAGAUGUCCAAACCGGUUCAUCACAAUGAGAGUGAUGUGCUGCCUGUGUAUGCGCCUCCCUCCGGGCACUGAAGACACAAUCCUCAAUGAGGACGUGUCUUUUAAGUGCAUAUGUUGUCACAUCGCCCUGGAACAGCAGGGCGCACCGUACUAUGGCUUCUAUCACGCUAAUGGUGUCCCGGUCCUCAAGUCUUUUCUACAGGUCCACGCUUCCCUCGAGCUCUCAUCGCGUGCUGAACUUUCAGCAGCACCGGUGAUAUUCAUUCACCUCAUCCUUGUCGACUUCGACACUACGGCCAGCCCUUUCUCCUUGGCUCAUUCGUUCCUUCAGCCCUACUUCACCAGCGGCAGCAUCGAAUAUCGCGAGAUCACCUACAACAUUGUCUCUGACGCGUCCGGUUACCGCAAAACCGUCCGUCAAAUCAUCAAGGACCUCAAAAACUCGUUCGCAUGGGAACGUGUGGUGGUUGGUGAUCCUUUUGCUGGGUACAGUUUGGAUGGCGAGAAGCACUAUGCUGGCACCCCAACUGAAGAUAGACUUGAAGUUCUUGGAGGUGACUCGUUUGCAGGAUUGCAACGCGCAGUAGUUCAUCACAAGCUCUCUGCCACAGUCGCAUUCAACGCCGCACAUUUUCAACCAUCUUUUGCGUCCCAUUUGCUCCUGGCAUUCACUGAACAAGUCCUUGUGGAACAUUGCCCCAUUGGCCUCGCAUUUGGUGACAUGCUGGCGCAAGCUUACAAACUCGGUCGCCACACUGACGUCUUCUUACUGACACCACUUGUGGGUAGUCUGAAGGUCUCCAAGUUUGUAUGGGCUGAUGUCAAGUCCCGGCCUUGGGGUGGCUUCCUGCCAAUCCAAUGCCCAAGCUGUGGGUGGACUGAUUGUUGGAGGUCAGUCUUUGUGAGGGCUUGCAAGGAUAAGGUCUAUGUCUUUGAGUGCAAGAAUGACACCUGCACCCAGUCUUUCACCUUCAGCCCUCCUGAAGGGGCCACCAUGUUGACAUCAGAUAUAAUGGCCAGCUGGACUUUUGUUUUUAGCAAUGUGUUGAAUGAACACAAAGAUUCCUUUGUAGCAGCUAAAGGAAAUUCUGGCAUCAGGGCUUGCAUCCUCAAGACAAUCAAAGAUGCUAUAGGCACCAGUGAAGCAGCCAAAGACCCUUGUGUCAUGCUUCCUGAGAAAAAUCUGCGCAAGGCUGUUCGUGCCUAUUAUUUGGACUUCCUGGAAGAUAAUGAGGAUCGCAAGGCAGAGGAAGAGAUUAUUGAGGGAGGAACUAAGGACACAUCUGCUCCAGAUGCUGUUACUGUAGAGAUGGUGAGACAGAGGGAAGAUGAUAAGCCUGAGGAUGCUGGGAAGUACAAGACAGAAUUCUCUGGUUUUGAUGUCGUCCAAAAAUUAUUUAAGGAUGAAUUUGCAGAAUAUGACAAGCAGCACAGAGAUACCUCCAACCCAAAGUCUAUGGGUCAGAGGACAAGAUUGGCCCGCAUGUGGCACCAGGCCAUGUCCCCUGAGGUGAAGAAGGAGCUUGAGCGAGUUGCAGGAAAAUGGAAUCAGGAAGGACCUCCUGCAGAUACCAAGGACAGAUACCGUACCCGUAACCAGAAAAAAAUGAUGGAGGACUUUAUGGACAUGGUCCGGAGAACCAUGGGAUUGCAUGUCGUCAUCCUUACAGCCCAUGACCGAGCUGGGAGACUUCGCCACAAAAGGCCAAAAAACCUUUUACUCAGGCGACCAAAGAUAAUCGGAAAUGGGCAGAACAUGCUCAAGAUCGUCUUGCCAACUGGCUUCUCGAAGGAGAAUAUGUCUGUCAGCCGAUGGAGAGGUAGUGAUGGAGAGGAUGACAAUGAAAAUAAUCUCCCAGAUCUCACUGUUGAGGUUGAUGAUGAUGGCUUUGUAUGUCUCAAGCUGAAGCACAGACACCAGCUUGUUCGGGCUGUCUUUCAAAAGGCCUACGCUGUUAUUACCAACAAUCCUAGGGCUCUGGUGCCCUGGGGAUGCAUUCCUGAGAAUGUUGUCAUCAGGGAUCCUUCCCACCUGCAAAAGGACACGAUCACUGCAAUCUACUCCCACUGGAAAGACCGUGCUAGUCAUGACAUGCUGAUUAAAGGAGCUGCAAAGGGCAAGUCAAGGGUGAAGCCUGCCUAUGUUGAAGUCUCUUCAGAUGAGGAAGGACUCUUGAACAAGGUCACCAAUGGUAAAGCUCUUCAGAUGAAGAUGACGUCGAGGUGGAGACUCCGACCAUUCCUGAGUCCAGCCCAAAAUACCAUCUUGCUAGGGACAUG